GGCUUUAAAGACCGGGGUUCAGCACGCGGUCAGACCCAGCAGCUCAGUUGACCAGCCAUGGCAGCCGAUCUGAAGGGAGCAACGCGCGAGGAAACGGGCUUGUGUCCGAGCCACGGCGGCCCCAUCCCGAAGAGGCACGCCCGGGUUACCGUGAAGUACAACCGGAAGGAGCUGCAGAGGCGGCUGGACUUGGAGAAGUGGAUCGAAGAGAGCCUGGACCGGCUGUACUCGGGUCAGGAAGGGGAUAUGCCAGAUGAGGUGAACAUUGAUGACUUGAUUGACCUGCCUAACGACGAGGAGCGAGUCCAAAAGUUACAGGAGCUCCUUCAAAGGUGCAGUAGCAACACAGAGACCUUCACCAGAGAGCUGGUGGCAAAGCUGGAGGGAGUUCACAAGCAGGACGAGCUGCAGAGCGAGGGCAUCGAGCAUCCGGUCAUCUGCCACAGCCACCCUCGCCACGAGCCCUACCACUUCAACAACCCACAACACUCCCACCACGCCCGAGGCCAGAACCAGACCCUCUGACUCCCCACCUUGGGGGAACACUAGAAUGCUGCAGGAAGACACGGAGAUAGACCCAACAUCCCAGUAUGAUGCAACACUGUUUGCAUUGCAUAUGCACAUAACUCUGUAACACUUCAUUGUCAUUCAGACCUCCUGUUUUCCAGAUGUGUUCUUACAUGUACUACAUUUGAUUAUGUAAAGAGACACUAGUCCUGUGCAGGACUCGCUAAUAAAACAAUGUAUCUCA